AAUAUUGGUGCAAUCACUGGAAAGUCUUUCUUUUAGUUUAUUAGUUUAUUGGAUCACGUGCUACCAAAAGGAGAGACCCCAAUGCUGGUCCUCUAUUUCUGAACUCCCUUCUACCCAUCAAUCUGCUGUUGUAGAGAGAGAUGACUGACACUGCUGUUGAUAUUUUCUUGGAGACCUUGAAGCAGCUUACAACGAGCUCCAACCUCGAUUUUAUCAUAGAUGAGAAACAUCAACUUCAUUCUCUUGAAGAGGAGAUAAGGUACCUGAGAGGAUUUCUCAUGACUACGGAGAAGAAACGCAUCGAGCAUUUAGAAGUGAUGAAAUUGGUAAGGCAGAUCAGAGACGUGGUAUCUGAGGCAGAGAACAUCGUAGAUCUAUUUGUAAUUCAUGCUUUCAAGGCCGAUGCCUCGAAAAAGAAGAAAAAGAAGAAAAAGAAAAAAAAGAAGAAAAAGAAAAAGGCUAGUCGUGAACAUCAGGAUCAUCUUUUCCUUGACCUGGGAAGUGUCAAAAAGGAGAUCAAGACUCUUACGGCUGAGGUGAAGAAGAUUUACGACGAGAAUAUGUAUGACAUUUACGGAGUUGCAGUCAAAAAACUCAAGCACUCUUCUACCGAAAAUGGAGGUUCAUCAGGAGGGAGCAACACAUCCAUAGUAGUAGAAAAGAAGGUGGUGGUCGGUUUCGAGAAGGAGGUAGAUAUAUUAAUGGGAAAGCUUCAUGACAUCGGACAGGAUGGACAACUGGAGAUUAUAUCAAUUGUUGGCGCUGGUGGAGGCGGCAAAACCACCUUGGCCACAGAAGUGUAUGAUCAGCCUUUGACGUCGCAGAAAUUUGAAAUUCGUGCAUGGGUCAAUGUAUCUCAAGAUUAUGAUAAGACUAUGAAGAAGCAUUUGUUGAUUCGUAUUUUGGAAUCAACUUUCUCAGAAAAACGUGAAGGUUACGAGAAGAUUAGUGAGGACAAGUUGGGAGAAAUGGUAUACAAAUGCUUGCAGGACAGAAAAUAUCUCAUUGUCAUGGAUGACAUAUGGGGCAUUGAAGCCUGGAAUGAUAUCCAAAGAUCAUUCCCUAGAGACCGCAAGGGGAGUAAAGUCAUGCUCACUAGUCGACUACCCGUUCAACCUGAUAGCAUCUGCUAUGUCCCUCAUUGUUUGGUUCCCUUACCAAAAAGUUGCAGUUGGGAGUUGCUAGAAAAGAAGGUAUUCGGGAAGAAACACUGCCCAUCGGAGUUGGUGGAGAUUGGUAAGCAAAUCGCAGAAAAAUGUGAAGGAUUACCACUUGCAAUUGUUGCAAUAGCUGGCAUUCUGACAACAGAAGACAAGACACUUGAUGUGUGGGAGGAAGUUGCUAAUCAUUUAAGUUCAACCAUUGCCAAAAACCAAGAGGGCUGCAUGAAGAUACUAGAACUUAGUUACAAUCACAUGCCUCUUCAUUUAAAAGCAUGUUUUCUUUAUAUUGGAGCACACCCUGAAGAUUAUGAAAUCUCCGUACGCGAGUUGAUAUGGUUAUGGAUCGCGGAGGGAUUUAUUCAGCAAAGUGAGGGGGGAAAAAGCUUAGAGGAUGUAGCAAAAGAUUACUUAAUCUGUCUUGUUGAUAGAAGUCUCAUAAUGGUAGCUAAGAAAAGUAAAUGCCACGGAGGAAUUAAAGCAUGCCGUAUCCAUGAUCUUUUGCGUGAAUUAUGCUUGAAAAAAGCAGAGGAAGAUAAUUUCUUUGUGAAAAUUUACAAGGGAGAUUCCUUUUCACCUUCCGCUUCACAUAAGCAUCGUCGCCUCUUCAUUGACCCUCAGUUCUUUCACAAGUUUUCCUCAAGGCCUUGUGCUCGAAACCUUCGUUCUUUUCGGUGCCUCUCAUUGCCAUACUCCUCGGGUUUUGAAAAUCUGUCAUUCUUUGUUGAAAACUUCAAACUUCUCAGGGUGUUGGAUUUUAUCUCCGCUACAAGCCUAGGAGAGAUAGGAAUAGCAGAUCUAGUUCAUUUGAGAUACUUAGCACUUAGGUUAGAAGCAAAACAUUUCCAUGUACCUAAUUUUUUUCACUACCUCUCGAACCUAGAAACCCUUAAGCUUCGUGUUUUGCUUUACGACAAGAUUGCAUUGCCUCGCGGUAUAGUUAAGAUGGCUAAGUUGAGGCAUAUACAUGCUAAAUUUGGGAUAUUAGUAUAUCAUCAUGUUUCUUAUGAUGAAGACGAGGGGAAUAUGUUGGAUAGCUUACAGACCUUGCACGAAAUAUGCAUUUGUGAGCAUUGCCUACAUUUCUUGGAAAGGACUCCAAAUCUUAGAAAGCUAGGACUUCGUGGGUUUCUAGAUAGAGAAAGGGAUGAGGUUUUGAUGCUCCCUGACCUAGAGUUCUUAAAAUGCCUUGAGACACUCCAUGUCACUGGAUAUCAUGACAAGGAGCGCGUGGUAAGCACUGGGCUGAAGCUUCCUCGGACUCUUAAGCGGCUAACUUUGGCACAUACGUACUUGAAGUGGGAGGAGCUAUCAAUAACCCUCCAAACCCUGCCGAGCCUUGAGGUUCUCAAAUUGUACACCGACGCCUGUAGUGGACCAGUUUGGAACACAAGUGAACUUGAAGAGGGGUUCUCUCAACUCAAGUACUUGAUCUUUGUAGGUCUGGACAUCAACGAGUGGACUGCUACUGAAGAUCAAUUUCCGAGACUUGAGGUCUUAGUAAUUGGAGUUUGCCCAAAACUGGAGCGGAUCCCGAUUGAAUUUGCUAACCUGUAUGAACUCCGCGAAAUCAAGGUAGGGUGUUGCUGUGAAACUUUGGGGGAAUCGGCCAGGGAGAUUCAAGAGCAAAGGAAUGCAAAAGCAGAUGAUGAUUGCCUAAAUCUCAUUGUUUCGGAGGAGUGGCCUGUGGAUUGAGUGCUAUGAUGAUGGACUCAAUUCUUUUCCAAGCUAGAUGGGUUCACUACUCAAAAACAUAGAAACCAACCAUAAUAAGUUCAACGGGCAGAGAAAAGGCAGUUGCAGUCACAAGCGUUAUCAAUAUGUGUUUUAUUUGUCUGUUGUUUUGUCUGUGCUUUGGAAUGACGUUUUUCAUACUAUAUACUGUGUGUUUGGUUGAAGCUUUGAUUGUUGAGCCAGUUCAGUUUGUAGUUGACAAAAUUGUUGUAGUAGGGUUAUUUCGAAUAAUUGGUGAUGAUUUUUUUGGUGACUUUAUCUU